CACAGAACAGUAAAACUCAUCGCACAGUGAAAAUCAGAGUGUAUAGUUGGGAGGGAGAAAGAGUGAGAGAGAGAUAGGUCUUGUGUGACCAGGAAAGAGGAACGAUAAUAAUUUGUACCUGUAAACUGUAAACUAAAUGAAAGAACAACAAACUUACUUUGAAGAAGUUCAUAAAUAAGAAGUGAAAAGAAGGCUGUAGGGUGUAACGACAAGAAAAAACGAACUUGAGAAUACCAUUGAACCGUAGGCUACUCAACCUAGCUAAAUGGAAAAGAUGGAAAAACCCCCUCGGCCCGAUCUGAUUGACUUCCAUGAUGUUUCUAUGAUCCACUACUUCACUGAUAACUGGGAGAACAUCCAAAGCUUCCAGGCCAGGCCAGAUGAUAUCCUUAUUGUCACAUACCCAAAAGCAGGAACCACCUGGGUCUCUUAUAUCUUAGACCUCCUUUACUUUUCCCAAACUGCUCCUGAACGUCAGACAUCCAUCCCCAUCUAUGAGCGAGUUCCCUUCUUGGAGAUGUCCAUGCCCCUCAUGCCCCCAGGAACGGAGUUGGCAAAUAACUUGAGCACCUCUCCUCGGCUCAUUAAGACUCACUUACCUAUUCAGUUUGUGCCCAAGUCCUUCUGGGAACAGAACUCCAGGAUAGUGUAUGUUGCCCGUAACGCCAAGGACAAUGCAGUCUCCUUUUUCCACUUUGACCGUAUGAACAUGGCCCAGCCAGAGCCUGGAGACUGGAACAGCUUCCUGCAGAGAUUCAUGGAGGGAAAGAUGGUGUUUGGUUCCUGGUAUGACCAUGUGACCGGCUGGUGGGAGAAGAAACAGAGUCACUCCAAGCUGCUCUACGUGUUCUUUGAGGAUAUGGUGGAGGACACUGGCCGAGAGCUGGACCGUCUGUGCUCCUUCUUGGGGAUUUCUCCUUCAGCAGAGGAGAAGGAGAAAGUUAUAGGAGGAGUGCAGUUUGACAACAUGAAGAAGAACAACAUGACUAACUACUCAACCAUUCCAGUGAUGGACUUCAAGAUCUCUCCUUUCAUGAGAAAAGGAAAGGUUGGAGAUUGGAAGAACCAUUUCACUGUGGCUCAGAAUGAACAGUUUGAUGAAGACUAUCAGAAGAAAAUGAAGAAUCCCACUUUAAGAUUUAGAACUGAGGUGUAAAGUAUUCAGCAUUUACAAGCAGAAUAUCACUACUUCGUUGCUAAAUAUAUGAAAGUUCUUUGUUUAUAUGAAAGUUUUGUCUGUGUGUCUACUCUAAAGUCACCAGUACUGAAACACUGUCCAUCACAGUCUGAAUGUAACCUUUGGGAUCACUGGACUAUACCUUUGGUAAUUACAAAUAUUAUAAUCCUACCUGGCCAAGCCUUGGUACACCUCACUUUUUAUCUCCCUGUUAACUGGUUUCACUUAAGGUGACCCUGGAUCUCAACAACCAACUGCACCAACUAAUACAACAUUCUUUAUAACCCUAACACAAGGCUACCUUAAGAAAAAAGUCACAUUGAGUAACUACAUUGAUAAGGUGUUGCUCAGGUACCAGUAAAUUUACAGUAAAAAUGUACACAAUUGGUCAAAGUUUCUGCAGUUCAAUUUUAUAUAGACUUCACUAAUAAUAGAGGUGGGUCACAUUUUCUUUAUUUGAACCUGUAAGCGGUAAACAAAAUGAAAGAACAACAAACCUUGAAGAAAUGAAUAAACAGUAAAAAGACGGCUGAAGAGUCUAACGACAAGAGGAAAGGAACUUGAGAAUACCAUUGAAUCGUGUAGGCUACUCAACCUGUCCAACUGGAAAGGUAAACCUGCUGUUCCCCUGGUUUAAAGCACAGUGUGAAUUAUACAAUGAUAAUCAGGGGGGUCAACUUCCUCUCCAGGCCAUGUAUCGACCCACGACCUGUUGUUUUUACCUCUUUUGGGGGUGUCCAAGUCUUAAUUAUGGGGGCUUGGCCCCCCCAGAAUUUGAACCCUGGUUUACAGGACAUUUACAUGUACAUGUGUGUAUAUGUGUCUCAACCUGUUCUUUUUGUUAAGAGGAUACAUGUGUUUAUGUGAGAAAAGGGUUAUGAUUCAGUCUGUAAAAAAAGGACAAAAUAAAGAUUACACUUCUA